AUGCACAUUUUAUUGGUUGCACUCGUCUGUUUCUCUACUUUGUAUAAUACAAAUGGAUAUCGGGGUCCAUUUCGUCGAUUAUAUCCAACAGGACAAACUACUAUUCUCGAUGUUAAUGAUGAUCCUGGCGAACCACUUUUUCUUACGCCUCUUAUUCAGCAAGGAAAAUUUGAAGAAGCAAAAAAUUUAAGUCUAGUUGAAUUAUUACCUUAUAAACAAAAAUCAUAUUCAGGUUAUUUAACUGUGAACAAAGAAUAUAAUUCUAAUAUGUUCUUUUGGUUUUUCCCUGCACAAAAUGGAAAUAAAUCAGAUACGCCAAUUAUGCUUUGGUUACAAGGUGGUCCUGGGUCGUCGUCACUAUUUGCACUAUUUACAGAAAUCGGUCCUAUUUAUAUUGAUGCGAACGGAAAUAUACAGUUACGGCAAAUAACAUGGAAUAAAAAUUAUCAUCUAAUUUUUAUUGAUAAUCCUGUUGGAACUGGCUUCAGUUUUACAGAAAACGAUCAGGGUUAUGCACGCUCGCAAGAAGAUGUUGCACGCGAUCUUUAUUCAGGAUUAACACAAUUCUUUCAAAUAUAUCAAGAUUAUCAAUCAAAUCCAUUCUAUGUAACAGGAGAAAGUUACGGUGGAAAAUAUGUACCAUCGAUCACGUAUAAAAUUCAUGUAGAAAAUCAGAAUCCACAAGUCAAAGUUAAAAUUAAUUUAAAAGGCAUGACAAUCGGCGAUGGACUAUGCGAUCCAAUCAAUCAAUAUAUGUAUGGAGAUUUUCUCUAUCAGAUUGGCCUUAUUGAUCAAUCUCAAAAAUCUUAUUUUGACUUACAAACAGCACUGAUGCGUUAUGCAAUUGAACAAGAACGAUAUCUCGAUGCAUUUCGUUUAUUCGAUGCUCUUCUCAAUGGUGAUCUUCUCAAUACAACAUCUUAUUUUUAUAAUGUGACUGGUAUAAAAAAUUAUUUUAAUUAUUUACUCACGAAUGCUCCAGAAGAACAAGGCUAUUUUGUUCCAUUUAUUACUCGUGCUGACAGACGACAACAAAUUCAUGUUGGAAAUAUAUCUUAUGGCUCCCAAAGUGAAACUGUAGAAAAAAUGUUACUUAAUGAUAUGAUGCAAAGUAUGGCUUGGAAAAUAGCAGCGAUUGCAAACGCAAAUUAUAGUGUAAUGAUCUACAAUGGUCAACUAGAUAUUAUAAUUGCUGCACCAUUAACAAUGGAAUGGGUUAGUCAACUUAAUUGGAUAGGCACUAAUGAACUUCGUCAAGCACAUAGAAUAGUUUGGAAAGUUGCUGAUAAUGAUCCUGAAAUAGCUGGUUAUAUAAAAACAGCCAACGACGAUCGAUUUUUCUUGGCAACUAUUCGUAAUGCGGGUCAUAUGGUACCAUAUGAUCAACCACGUGCAAUGCUCAAUUUACUUGAACGAUUUCUAUCGAGUCAACCAAAAUCUCCAUAA